AUUGAUAUAAUGAAUUAGCAUUUAACUCUAUUGAUAAAUUUAAACCGACCGGAAGUAGUCACUGCCAAUGGACUUUGCACUACCGUAAUCCAACAACCAGUUGUGAAUUCCUUCUCCUUCCGUUUUUUAUCGUUUAAGGAACUUUACGACGGUCCCUAAACCACGACUUUUGCCCUUCGCUCAGUUAGCUGUAAUAUCGUAGCAUGUUCCUCGUAAUACGGAGUGGACUGUGCAGAGUACGACAGAACCACAGUGUCAGAGUAGCGACCCUAGUGUUCGGUCGCAGUAUGUCGUCGCAGGAAAACCCCAAAAAGCCCGUGUCCUUGUUGGGGACCAUGGCGUUCGGUGGUCGAGCUGACGCCGGGCAGAGCCUGCAGAUGGUGCAAGCUUUUCUGGACCGAGGACACAGCCUGCUGGACACGGCCUUCAUGUAUGUGGACGGGAAGUCGGAAGCGGUCAUAGGAGGCAUGAACUUACCUGAAACAGUGAGCGUAGCUACCAAGGCUAACCCCUGGGACGGGAAGACCCUGAAGCCCGAGAGUGUCCGCUCACAGCUGCAGACGUCUCUUCAGAGACUGCGGACCGACUGUGUGGACCUGUUCUACCUCCAUGCUCCUGACCAUCAGAACCCCAUCGUGGACACUCUGAGGGCCUGCAACGAGCUGCACACAGAGGGAAAAUUCAAAGAGCUCGGCCUCUCAAACUAUGCAUCAUGGGAAGUGUCUGAAGUUGUGUCUAUCUGCAGACACAACAACUGGAUCGUGCCAACUGUGUACCAGGGGAUGUACAACGCCACCACCAGGCAGGUUGAGACGGAGUUGCUGCCGUGUCUCAGAUAUUAUGGGAUGAGAUUCUAUGCAUACAACCCUCUGGCAGGUGGUCUUCUGACAGGAAAGUAUCUGUACCAGGACAAAGAUGGCUCCCAGCCUGCAGGACGCUUCUUUGGUAACAGCUGGGCUGCAGCCUACAGAGACAGGUACUGGAAGAGCAGUCAGUUCCAGGCCGUAGACCUGGUCCUGAAGUCCUUGGAGACGGUGUACGGUUCAGAAAAGCCAACUCUGACGUGCGCUGCCCUCCGGUGGAUGUAUCACCACUCCCAGCUGAAGGGAGACCUGGGAGACGGAGUCAUCAUCGGGAUGUCCACUCUGGAGCAGCUGCAGCAGAACCUGGCCGCCUCAGAGGAAGGUCCUCUGGAUGACACAGUGGUCUCUGCCUUCAACCAAGCCUGGGACCUGGUGGCCCAUGAGUGUCCCAACUACUUCAGAUGAACCCCCCCCACACACACACACACACACCCUCAGACCAGUGAGGUUCCUUUACAUCUUUGUUCUGUUUUUUUUUUUUCUGAACAUUUUCUUCCUAACGAACAGU